CUCACGAUGAUGCUAGGCAGACUCACCGGCAUCGACGACGCGAACCUCAGCUAUUCGGAGAAGCUAUACGCAAAGAACACUGUCAUCAGAGAUGGGUGGAAGCUGUGCGGAUGGCCGAAGAGGAUUCCGUUUACGGACUUCAACAGCAUCCGGGGAGGGAACGCGGUGCUGUGCACGCUGCUCCGUCGCUGGAGGAAGGGGGUUCUGAGGUUCGAGCGCGCGACUCCCGAAGACAUCGAG